AUGAUCAUGACGCAUAAUCUUCAGCAACACGCAAGGCGAAUCCUCGCUUACAGUAGCAGGUCUCGUUUCUUCUGCUCCUACACCAACGGAACCCUACCGUCUCCGGCGACGAACCAAACUCUGCUGAGUCGGAUCGAAGCGGCUGAUGCGAAUCGGAAAGCAGAAAUCACAACGAGAUAUAGUCAAGCCCUAGAGGUAUCAGAGUGGAUGACUAAACAAAAGAUCUGCAAUCUUGUCCCGGAAGACUUCACAACUCGUUUUCAUCUGAUUGAAAACGUUUUGGGUUUGGGAGAAGCAGAGAAGUUCUUGGAGAGCAUCCCGGAGAAUCUAAGAGGUGAGUCGAUGUACACUUCUCUGUUAAGAAAUUACUCAAGACAACCAGGGUUGAGAGCUCUGUGCAAAGCCGUAUCUACUUUCGAGAAGAUGGAGAAGCUAGGCUCUCGCGGAAACAGAGAUAAGGUCCAUGAGAUCCUACAAAAGAUGAAGGACAACAACGUUGAGUUCGAUAACGUCACCGUGAACAACGCGUUGCGAGUAUACGCUGCUGUAUCUGAUGUGGAGACCAUGGACAAGUUUCUAGCUGACUGGAGUGCCAUUACAACACUUGAUGGGCUCACGCCUGGAAACAACAGGUCUUGA